AAAUUACCGGUACUCUGUGCCGCGAAAAAACAAAAACACCCAGCAACAACAUGAACUCGUCACCAAAAUUGAAGAGAAAGAAGAAGGUGAAAGUUUGCCCCAAUCCUCUUUUUGUACAGUGGCUGACUGAAUGGCGAGACGCAGCAGCAGAAAAGGGAAUAAAAACUCAAUAUGCUUAUGGAAAGGCAUUGGUUGCACUGAAGAAGUACCCUCUUCCAUUUGAAUCUGGCAAAGCUGCAAAGAUCCUGGACAACUUUGGAGAUAAAAUAUGUGGCAUGCUAGAUAAGAAGUUAGAAGAGCACAAUGCUAAACAAGCUGAAAGUCCCCCAGCAGUAGUUGAUGUAGACAAUGACGACAAUGAUGACAUCAUAGAUAUACAGUCCAGUUCUGCAGCUGAGUAUACUGGCAUCUUACAAGAUAAACCCGUAAAUGAAGGAACAAGAAAAAGGAAGUCAUCUCCCAGAAGUGCUACAAAGCGAGUCCGAGAAUACAUUCCUCUUCAUAGAUCUGGUCCUUACAGCUUGAUUCUCGCUCUCUAUAGGAACCAUACAAGACCAGGGAGUAAGGGAUACAUGCACAAAACUGAAUUGCAAGAUGCUGCUCAACCAUUAUGUGACAAGUCUUUGAAGAUGCCUGAUCCAGGUUCCCAUUAUACUGCCUGGUCAUCUAUGAGUACUCUAAUCAGUAAGGGAUAUGUCUACAAGGAAGGUAGUCCAGCAAGGUACAUAAUUACAGAGUCUGGAUGUGACCUUGCACAUAGGAUAGAAGCAGUUGAUUUUCAGCAACCUACUACAGUAUCACCAUCAGUCCCGGGAAGGUUGCCUUCAACAGCACAGCAACCUGCAACAGAUCAUCAUCUACCGAGGAUACCAACCUUAGAUAACACCACAGCAGUAGAUCAUGAAGAUCAUGUAUCAAUAUUAGCAUCAAGGAGUGUUUGCAGAUCAGUUCUUAAUGUUCCUAACUACUGGUACGUCGAUGACAAAGGGAGAGAAGUUACAUUGAAGGACGAAGCAGCUGUCACCGUUAAUGAUGAUGGAGUUGGUUUCUUGAUCAAAUGCUCAGAAACAUCAUUGCAAUCCAGCUCACUUCGCUACAGUAUUGACAGGGAGAGGACUGCAGUGCAUGGUUUAUGUUAUGCCUUUCUUCACAAUGAUGAUGCCUCUGAAGUUUGUCCAGCCUCUAAGGGUUCACUUUCCGUAAAUGAAAAUAGAGUUGCUGAAAUAUCUAAGAAGGCAUCCCUCAGUCAUUCAGAAUCAGGAUCAUCUUAUGAUCCUUCUUCUUCUUACCCAUCCUCAUUCAGGACACAUCAAAGCAGCUUCAGGGUGGAUUCUGAUGGUGCUACAAACAAAGAACAUAGAUCAGAGAAGACUAGUAGUGAUCACAUCAUGCCUUCUCCAGUAUUCACUCUCAGACCAGGCCAGUUUGAUAUCAUCCUGUGUGUUGAUAACUGUGAAACAACAGGUAUUGGUGGAAGAGAGGGCAAGGGCAGGAAGCACGUCCUCCUGAAAGAGCUUCAGAAGAAUGGGGUGAACCUUGAUGUGAGAAAGCUCCAGGUUGGUGACUUCUUAUGGGUUGCCAGAGAGAAGGGUAGUGCUGUUCCAGGGAUGCUCCAGAUGCCUCAGAGAAGAGAGGCAGUACUUGACUAUGUGGUAGAGCGUAAGAGGAUGGAUGAUCUAUGUUCCAGCAUCCAGGAUGGACGAUUUAAAGAACAAAAGUUUCGUCUAAAGCAAUGUGGUCUUGGUCACCCUAUCUAUCUGGUUGAAGACUUUGGUUCAACGGAUCACAUGUCCAUUCCAGCUGCUACUCUGCUUCAGUCUGCUGUCAAUACACAGGUGAUUGAUGGCUUCUUUGUGAAGAAUACACAUGACAGCAAAGAAUCAGCUGCCUAUCUUACUAUCAUGACUAGAUACCUUAACAGCCUCUACUCGGAAAAGACAAUAAAAGGAUACCGAAGAGAGGAUUUGGACAACAUAUCACAUUUGACUGAUAUGAACUCUUAUCAACAACACUGCCUUACAUUUAGAGAGUUCAAUGAAUCAUCUGUCAAAAACAAGGAAACUACGGUAACAGAAACAUUUGCAAAGCAUCUCUUGCAGUUCAACGGCAUGACAGCAGAGAAGGCAUUGGCUCUAACACAGCUUUACCAAACACCAUCAGAUCUGAUGAGGGCCUAUGAAUCAUGCAGCCUUCCUUCAGAUCAAGAGAAAAUGCUUGCCAAAAUCAAGUAUGGACACUCACAAAGAAACAUGGGGCCUGCAUUGAGUAAACUGGUCUAUCAGCUAUAUUGUUCAUCAAAUGCCUUAAGAUGAAUCUUGUGAUAUUAGAGCUGUCACCGACUGUUUAGAAUGGUUGAUUUCUGCAACAAACUGUUUUUCAUUAAAAAGCAAGCGAAGAACAUGAUAAUGAAGAACCAAGAAAAGCAACAACUUAGGAUGUCCGAAAUUAUUCUUAUUUGGGGAACAAGUAGUUUUCUUGUGGAUUCUAAUGUGUACUUUGUACACUUAUUUGACAUAAUAUGAAAUUAAAUGUUAAUGAAAAGGCUCUUCUGCAGCAGAUAAUUGCUUGACAUUAUUUGAAUGCAAUAAAAGAACAAAUCAAGGAGCACCGUUUUCUUUUAAAUCAAAGUAAAUCUCGAUUUCACCCCAAAUCACUGUAAAUGCAAAGUCACAUUGUUUUGUGCAAGCCCUGCAUGUGACUUGCUGGUAACUAUUUUUGCUACCCGCAGGUCGCCUGCAGUGGCAGUAUCUCGAAUGCAUCUCACACACAGUUGCCAGCAGUAGCACAUGCAAAUCUGAUUUGCAAGCAGAAAAGUUUUGAACAUGCUAAAAAAAACUUUGGUUGGUGAGUUGCGGGCAAUCACCCACAACUCGUCUGAAAGGUAUGCAUGGAAUGAUGUGACAGGACCUUUUACCUUUGUCACUUGUGUGACAUUUUAAUACUCAUUAUGAAUAAGAUAGAUAGGAUAAGAUAUUUAUUUGUCUUCCUUUCUUACAUUUUGUCUUACAAAUGUGAUUUCACAUUCUGCAAAUGCAAAUCAGUUAAUCAUAACCCAUUGUUACAGAAGAAAAAAAGAAACACUGCAAAUAAUAAAUGUAUUGAAUGAAAGACAAGGAGAACCCCUGAAAAAGCAGGGCUUGUAAGGCUAGGGUCUCCUUUGUGCCAAGUACAUGACUGAAUACUAUUCAGUGUAUACAUGUCAUAUCUUUAGAACAAAAUACACAACUAAAGCUAAACGAUGACAAAAGCAAAAGAAAAAAGACAUGGCUUGCAUGUACAAUUAUUAAGAGUAAUGAACUUAAUAAACUUACAACAAUAUAAUUAAGUGAUAUAUGAUGGAAGAAGAAAUAAGUUUGGAUGACAUGACUUGAAAAAAAGGAAGAAGGUAAGAAUCAAUAAUAAUAGUGAAGUCAAAAUAAGACAUGACAAAGGUAAAAGAAACAUAAGAAAAGAAUGAAGUAUAGGUUCAAUCUAUUUGUGGCACAAAAAUCAGUGAAGGUGGUGCAAGGCAUGGUUUGCAUAAUCUGGCAAAAAACUUAUUUGACGACAUUUGAGAUUAUCUAAUUCUUUGAAUGGCUUAUGGUAGAUAUUUUUUUACAUUUUUUCUUCUUAAUAAGGGAAUAUGCCAGAAUAGGAAGUAAAUUGUGUCAUUUUUACCUUAUGUAUGAAAAGAAAGAUUUGUUUGGACAUUUUCAUGUGACAAUGGUGCUGAAUAAAGUAUAAACUUGA